ACAGCACUGCUGGAGGCAGCUGAGAACGGAGAGGAUGCAGCGUCAGAGGGGCACCGCUGGCACUGAGGUUCUGAGGAUGCUCGGCGUGGCUCUCAGCACUGCGGUGCUUCUGGCACUUGCAGGCUGUGGGGCGGAAGGCACGGACCCCCAGAACUGCACUGUCAGUGCUGAGGAGCGUGCCCGCAUGCUGGGGAUUCUGCAGCUCUCAGCUAUGGACAGCGGGACGCCCAACCCCAGUGUGCUGCUGGCCCUCAACCUGGCUGGGGACAGCAGCAAGGCCCGGCAGGAGCUGCUCGAGAGGAUCAAGGAGACGGCAGCGAAGCAAGCAAAAGACAUGUCCUCGGGCCAGGUGGCCCUGUACACGCUGGCCCUGCGCUCCUCCUGCUGUGACCCGAGAGACGUGGCGGCACAUGGGCAGAGCGUCGACCUGCUCAGCAUCCUUCAGGAGAAGACGGACCAGGAGUUGACGCAUCUAGAGCAGAACGGCACCCCAAAGAGCUCGCUGUUCAGCGUGGGGCUGGACGCGCAAGCGCUGUGCGUGACGGGGGCAGGUGACUACGAGAGCGCUGCCACCAUCCUGGCCAAGCAGCUGCAGAGAUCACAGGACAAGCUCUCCGUGGACGAGCAGGCCAUGAUGGCACUGGCACUGGUGUGUGCCUACAACCGGACCGAGCACAAGGAUGUGCAAGACCUGCUGAACAGAACACUGACAAUGGUGUCCAACGGCUUCCUCGACAAGCAGGCAGAGGGAAAUGGCAUAAUUGGGAACAUCUACAGCACAGGUCUGGCCAUGCAGCUGCUGCUGGCUGCAGGCAAGUUCUAUGCCCCGCGGCCGUGGGACUGCACCCAGCCUGUGGCUGCCAUCACCGCACAGCACCUGCAGCAGCCCAUGGCCGUGGCUCAGGCACUGCCAGCCCUGGUGGGCAGAACCUACCUGGAUUCUGCCAGCCUGGACUGCAGCCCUGAAGCACCCACAACCGCUGGAAUGCAGUUGGACACUGUCCUGACCAAGGGCACGACACCAGAGCAAGCGGGAUCCAACAUCACGGUGAACUACACCAUCACCAACGAGGUGAGAGGGAAGCACUUCAGCUAUAGCACCGAAGUGGAAGUCCCAGCUGGCUCCGUGCUGCUGGUCGUGCUGGAGGAGGCACAGAAGUCCAACAAGACCAUCUUCAGCUUCAAGACAGAGUCAACGUUCUGGGGCCCAAUGGUGGUGUCCAUCCACGGGCUGGCUGCCAGUGAGAAUGACAGGACCUUCUGGCAGUUCUUCAAUGGCAGCGUCCCACUGCAGGAAGGGGUUGGCACAUACAAACCACAGGACGGGGAGCACAUCCGGGCUGUCUUCAGCACCUACUGACGGCACCGGGGAGCAGCAGCCCUGCUGGGCCCUACAGCGUGGCAAUAAAGAGUCAUUUGCAGCACGUC